GCAGCUGCAACUUUUGCUACAGACAAAAAAAUAUUGCGCAAUGAGGUGAUGAUGAAGACGGAUUUCAAGUUUUCCAAUCUGCUUGGAACGGUUUACUGUCGGGGCAACCUCCUCUUCAGCCCCGACGGCACCCAUUUGUUCUCUCCGGUCGGAAACAGGGUCACCGUCUUCAACCUUGUCGAUAACAAAUCAUACACCCUCCCUUUCUCCCAUCGCAAAAACAUCACCCGAAUCGGCCUUACUCCGCGCGGGAACCUGCUCCUCUCGGUCGACGAGGAUGGCCAUGCCAUCUUGACCAACGUUCACCGGCGCAUAGCCGUGUACCACUUCUCCUUCCGCGCUCCCCUGACCGCCCUUGCCUUCUCCCCCUCGGGCCACCACUUCGCCGUCGGCCUCGGUCGAAAAAUCGAGGUCUGGCACGUCCCCUCGACCCCCGAUUCCGCCGGCGCUGAGGACGGCCUCGAGUUCGCCCCGUUUGUGCGCCACCACAGCCAUGUUGCGCAUUUUGCCGAUGUCUGCCAAAUCGAGUGGUCGCGCGACUCGCGCUUCUUCCUGAGCGCGUCCAAGGACCAAACAGCAAGGAUAUGGAGCUUGAACGCCGAGGAGGGCUUCACGCCCACAGUGCUGUCAGGCCACAAGGAGGGCAUUGUGGGCGCCUGGUUCUCGCUCGACCAGGAGACCAUAUACACAGUCAGCAAGGACGGUGCUGUUUUCAAAUGGCAGUAUGUCGGACCCCCUGAUAGGGGUGAUGACGAUAUGGAAAUGGCCAAUGAGGACGACGAUCGUUGGAGGAUAGUCGGGCGGAACUACUUCAAGCAGAACGCAUCGCUAAAGUGCGCGGCAUACCACCCAGAGUCGAACCUUUUGGUGGCGGGUUUCUCAAACGGCCUGUUUGGCCUCUACGAAAUGCCCGACUUCAACCUGAUCCACACUCUCAGCAUAUCACAAAACGCCAUCGAUUUCGUCACCAUCAACAAGAGCGGAGAGUGGCUCGCAUUCGGAGCGUCCAAACUGGGCCAGCUGCUUGUAUGGGAAUGGCAGUCAGAGUCUUACAUCCUGAAGCAACAGGGCCAUUUCGACUCGAUGAACGCAUUGGCGUACUCGCCCGACGGCCAGCGCAUCGUCACUGCUGCGGACGACGGGAAGCUCAAAGUUUGGGACAUUGAGUCUGGCUUCUGCAUCGUCACCUUCACGGAGCAUACUUCGGGCGUAACAGCCUGUCAGUUUGCAAAGAAAGGCAACGUGCUCUUCACGGCCAGCUUGGAUGGGUCAAUCCGCGCCUGGGACCUGAUAAGGUACCGCAACUUUCGCACAUUCACAGCACCCACGAGGCUGUCAUUCUCUUGCAUGGCUGUGGACCCUAGUGGUGAGGUUGUCGCUGCGGGUUCCAUUGACUCGUUUGACGUGCACAUCUGGUCCGUGCAGACUGGCCAGCUCCUUGACCAACUGUCAGGGCACGAGGGCCCAGUGUCGGCCCUAGCUUUCGCGCCCGAUGGUGGACUUCUGGUCAGCGGGAGCUGGGACAAAACGGCGAGGGUAUGGAACAUCUUCAACAGGACGCAGACGAGCGAGCCGCUCCAGCUGCAGGCCGAUGUUCUCAGCGUGGCUGUCAGACCAGACUCGUCCCAGCUGGCGGUCUCGACCCUGGACGGACAGAUCAGCUUCUGGUCGGUAUCAGAGACACAGCAGGUCUCAGGUGUUGACGGUCGCCGUGACGUCUCGGGCGGCCGCAAGAUCUCGGAUCGGCGGACAGCAGCUAACGCGGCGGGGACAAAGGCCUUCCACGCUAUUCAGUACAGUAUGGACGGGAGCUGCUUGCUUGCCGGUGGCAACAGCAAAUACUUGUGUCUAUACUCGACCACCACAACAGUUCUGCUCAAGAAGUUCACCGUGAGCGUCAACUUGUCGCUGUCUGGUACGCAGGAGUUCCUCAACAGCAAGAUGAUGACGGAGGCUGGACCGCAGGGGCUCCUUGACGACCAAGGGGAGACCUCGGACCGCGAAGACCGCAAGCAGAAGGCUCUACCUGGCUCCAAGCGCGGUGGCGACCCUUCUGCUCGAUCAACACAUGCGGAGAUCAAGGUCUCGGGCGUAUCCUUCUCGCCCGCGGGGACAGCCUUUUGCGCCGCUUCGACCGAGGGUCUUCUCAUUUACAGUCUUGAUCAGACGGUCCAAUUCGACCCAUUUGACCUGAACAUGGAGAUCACGCCGGCGUCGACGCUGGCGGUCUUGGAGACGGAGAAGGACUACCUCAAAGCGCUGGUGAUGGCUUUCCGGCUCAACGAGGCCGGACUGAUCAAGCGCGUAUUCCAGGCGAUUCCAUACACAGAUAUUGGACUUGUCGUUGGCCAGUUCCCAACAGUGUACGUGGCCAGGCUGCUGCGGUUCGUCGCCGCGCAGACCGAGGAGUCGCCACACGUCGAGUUCUGCCUCCUCUGGAUUCGUGCUCUUGUCGACGAGCAUGGCGCCUGGCUGACGGCCAACCGCGGCAAGGUCGACGUCGAGCUCCGCGUGGUUGCGCGCGCCGUGGCGAGGAUGCGCGACGAGAUCCGGCGCCUGGCGGACGAGAACGUCUACAUGGUCGACUACCUCCUUGGCCAGCCCAAAGUCCAGCGCAACGGAGGUGCCAAGGCCAUCGCCGCGCCUGACAACUUUUUGUUGCCGAUUGACAACAAGGUGCUCGGCGUGGUCUCGGCGGGUGAUGUCAAGGUCCAGGAUGAGGACUCUGAUGGGGAGUGGAUCGGGCUGGAUUAAGCUCGAGGGGUUUAUAUGCGCUUACAGCCGUAGAGCGCCUCACAUUUGUCAAUUGGGUUACCGUUGGUACAAGAGUUGCUUCGAUAUCCAAUACAUUUUCUGAUCAUGGGGACAGGGUAUGUACUGCCUCCCUGUCUUUAUCUCUAGACCUUUCCCGACCAUGUUCCUGGUGUCUGGGCCAGUGCUAGUGAUGCAAGGAUUACAGCUUGGGGGCGUCCUCGAUGUCCUAAACAAAAGGGUUAGCAGGGCAAAAUGCCUACAUGCGGGGAAAGCAACCGACCCUCCAUGCCUCCUUCAGCCCUGUCGUGCGGACCCAGCGCUCCCCAGGCGCCUCGACCGAGUCAGCAAUCAUGUUCAGCACCUUCAUCCAGUUCUCCCUGCCCCUGAGGCGCAUCCAGUCCCGGUCCUCGUACGGGGCCGAGGCCCGCAUACAGAUGGCCGCGGCCCGGGCCAGCUUGAUGGCGUGGCCGUCGUCGUCAAAGUCGUGCAGGCGCGAGGCGACGUCGAUGGGCUCGGCGGCGGCGGCGGCGGCGGCGGUGGAGGGGUCGGCCCUGGGCCUGUACCCCGCGAUGCGGUCGACCGACAUGGGCGGGACGGCGCGCGCGGCGUACUGCGCCAGGUCCAAGCGGAUCUUCCACUCGAGCAGGCGCACCUUGGCGUCGGUGGGGAUCCAGGGGGCGGCGUUGACCGUGAGGAAGAUGGGGGCGACGUUGACGUGGUGCCUUUUUUGUGAGUUGUCGUUCCCAGUUUGCCAUUCUCUGUGUCCACAAUGAUAUACUCUGGGGGGCGGGGAGAGUGUGUUUUAGGGCCACUUACAUCAGGAAAAAGUCAAACUUGGGGUGCUUCGUCGGGUGCGCGGCGGCCGAGGCGGCCACAAAGACGGCCUGGUUGAACAUCUCGACUGUCCGCUCCUCCAGCUCCCCGGGGCGGACGCGCACCUUUGCCGCGAGCGCCACUAGCUCGUCCCUGGCGCGCGUCAGGGCGCCCUGCACGAGCUUGUUGCCGUCCUCGUUGCGGACCGAGCCGGCGAUGGCGGCGUCGGCAGCGGCCUGCUCGUACAGCGACGCGAUGGGCGGCAUCCUGUAGUCGUCCCCCUCCUCCUCCCCGCCGCCCACGGGGUGCUUCUCGUCCGCCAGCGCCUCGGCCCCGACCAAAAAGUCCCGGAUCUCGUCGCCGUGCACGCACGCCUGCGCCAGCGCCUCGGCCACCACGGCCGGCUGCUCCCACUCGACGCCGUACAUGAGCUGGAUGAGCGGGUGCACGAAGCCUGAUAGCAGGCGGACUAGCGUGUCGGUGGCGCGCGCGUCGGCCCGGUCCGCGACGAGGGCGUGCUCGACCAGCACGUCGCGCCAGCCGCCGGGCCCGCGCCGGUCCAUCUCGCGCUGGAAGAAGGCGAGCAGGUCCGGGUAGCGGCUCGCGCGGCCGAGGAGCUUGCUGGCGGCGGCCCAGUCGGAUGGUGGCUCGGGCGGGCCAGAGGAGGGGGAGGGGGAGUCGCUGUGGAGAGGCAGGGCGGGCCGCUGGUACGAGGCGUUGGCGUCGUAGGCGCGCUGCAGGGACGCGGCGGAGGCGCCGGUGCCGUAGAGGGCGAAGAUGUGGUGGGGGAUCUGGGGGGAGUGGCCGUGGUGAGCAGGGGGUUGUGCACAUUGGGAGCACGUGCUUCCUCCCCCGUCUGGCUGCUCACUGCUUGCCUGCCCGACUUACAUGAUUGUGGAAGCCGUCGUCGUUGAAAAAGACAUGGUGGUCCUGUGUAUACAACAGUGAGCAUUUAGAUAGGGACUACAGCUUGGAGAAGGCAUAGCGGAAUCUGGUCCCGUACCCUGAUGUCUUGCUGGAGCAGCUCGGAUGCCUUGCGGGCAGCCUCCCCAGACGUGGGGAUCUUCAAAAGCCCAGUGUUCUCGGGUACAAGGUGUAUGCGAUAGGGGGUGGCCAUGGUGGAAGCUGCCGUGGAAGUCUGGCGGCGCGUGUAGAAGGGUGAGUAUCGGA